AUGUCUUCAACUGUUCCUUUUUUAGUGAGAAUUGUCUGCUAUUGGCAGGGAAUAAUUCCUGCUUCUGAAAUAACUCCUGAGAUAUGCACACACAUAAUAUUCAGCUUUAUUGGUGUGAAUGACUCUGGAAAUUUGAUUUAUUUGUAUUCAGAUGAAGCUGAAAUCAAACGGAAACUCAAUGAAUUUCAAAAACUGAAGUCUAAGAAUCCAAAACUUACUUUAAUGGCAGCAGUUGGUGGUGCUAAUGAUGAACUUUUGAAUGCUUUUGAUAACUUGUCAAAGACUGAAAGUGGUCGUGAAAAUUUUAUUAAUGAAAUCAUUAAAUUUAUGAAUGAAAAUUCACUGACAGGAAUUGACAUCGAUUGGGAAUAUCCAAGAAAUGAUGAAGAAAAAGAAAAUUUUAUUUUAUUACUGAGAGAUUUGCAUUCAAGAUUUUCUUUAUCGAAUUUCACUCUUUCAAUUGCUGUCGCGCCUGAGAAAUGGAGAAGUGAGAAAUCAUACGACAUUCCCAGACUUGUAGAAUAUGUCGACUUUAUCAACUUAAUGACUUAUGAUUUCCAUGGCAGUUGGGAUGAAACUGUUGGACAUCACACUCAAAUGUUUCCACAUCAUGGCGAUUCAAGUUAUAUCAAAGAAUUAAAUUGUGCUGCAUCGAUAAGUUAUUGGAAAUCAAACAAAGUGCCAGCUGAAAAACUAAACCUCGGCAUUGCAACUUAUGGAAAAACAUUCGUUUUAUCAGACAUUUCCAAACAUCGAAUAGGUUCAAUUGUUGAUGUAGAAGCAACAAAAAACACUUCCGGCAUCAUUGGCUACAACGAGUUCUGUACAAGUUUAGGUUGGAAGCAACAUUUCGAUACCAAUUAUCGUGCUUACUAUGCAGUUAAGGAUGAUUCAUGGUUCGGUUUUGACACUAAACAACAAGUGAAAACUAAAGCAAGAUAUGCGAAAGAACAUAAUUUGGGUGGGGUGAUGUUCUGGUCUCUUGACACAGAUUCAAAUGAAAAUUGCAAACAUGGAAAAUUUGCUUUAAUUUCCGAAGCAUUUAAAGAACUUAAUUCAUAA